GGAUGAGGUCAAUCAAGUGAUGAAAACAAAUGUUUGGUUGCAAAUUUACUGGAAAGAUUAUCAGCUUGGAUGGGAUCCUUCUAAGUAUGGAAAUAUUGAUUCAAUUCGUAUCCGCCCGGAAAAGGUGUGGGUUCCGGACUUUGUAUUAUUCAACAAUGCUGACGGCAACUAUGAAGUGACGUACAAGUCCAACUGCGUGCUGUACAGCAGCUCAGACAUCAACUGGAUCCCUCCGGCCAUCUACCAGAGCUCAUGCUCCAUCGACGUGGAAUACUUCCCAUUUGAUCAACAGAUCUGUGAGAUGAAGUUUGGUUCCUGGACGCAUAAAGGGGACGCCCUCAAAUACAGCUUCUACCUCAACAUGGAUAAGUUAGAUCUCGUGGACUAUUUGAAAAGUGGCAGUUGGGACAUUAUUGACUGCCCAGGGAAAAUUGUGACAAUCAAAGACGAAGUCACCGGUGAGGAGAAAGAUCAGAUAAUAUUUAAGUUUGUGCUGAGGAGGAAAACAUUGUUCUACACGGUGAACCUUAUCAUUCCCUGCGUGCUCAUUUCUUUUGUAAGCAUCUGUGUGUUUGCGCUGCCCGCGGACGCCGGUGAGAAGAUCACACUCUGUAUUUCCGUCCUCCUAGCCUUGGUCGUGUUCUUGUUGCUGGUUUCCAAAAUCCUGCCGCCGUCGCUCACCAUCCCGCUCAUCGCCAAGUACUUACUCUUCACAUUCAUCAUGAACCUCAUCGCCAUUUUAUCAACAGUGGUGAUCAUCAACCGGAAUUAUCGGACUCCGCGAACUCACCAGAUGCCUAACUGGGUUCGUGUGAUCUUCUUGCGGGAACUCCCGAAAUAUCUCUUUAUGAAGCGUCCAGACCACGAUGAUAGAUGGGAGGGGAAGCCAAACACCCCGCCGCCAUCUUUCCCGUCCACUCCCGAGACGAGAAGAGUUAACAUCAGUAGAAACAACGAUCUCCUGGAGCUCACGGAAGUCCACCACCCACACUGUAAGCUCAACACCGGCGGCGGGUCCUCAUCUCAUAACCACAAAGAGACGAGGGCAGGUUACAGCGGAGAGUCCACAAUGCACGGCUAUGGUAGUCAGCCCACAGGGUACCCCAAUCGACCGCCUCCUCCGCUGCCCCAGGACAGCACGGACUCGACUCAGGUACAGAUGACGCCAGAGCUAUUCCAGACGAUAGAGGCUGUCAAGUUUAUCUACAACCACCUCAAAAACGAGGAGGAGUACGAAAAUAUUCUAGAAGACUGGAAAUACGUAGCGCGAGUCUUGGAUCGUCUGCUCCUCAUCAUCUUCCUUCUAGUCACUCUCUCUGGCACGGCAGGAAUCCUCCUCAACGCCCCUCACAUUCUAGAAUACGUGGACCAAGACAAAAUCAUCGAUGAACUGCUGGCCUACAUUGAGGAAGCAAAGACGAGGGCUGUGGCAGCCUAACUAAUACAUUUUAAAAAUCCGGUCGUGAAUUCUAUGGACAUACAACAGACACACGAUUUCAGGACUUGUACUCAUACAGCAGAUCAUGCUCAGAAGACAAUAAUUUGUUGCUUCCACGUGAAGAUUAAACGAAAUCUUACAUCAGU